AGAUUCAAUGAAAAUGGUUUAUUGGAGAGAAAUAUUGAACAAACACAGAAAAUAAGGAUUUGAUAGAACUUCAUUUUCCGUCCUGAAGGAUGGAACCGGAGCCGGAGAAGCGUCCCGUGAGGACGAGUUCCCGGAAGUUCCUGGACAACCUGGAGAAUGAGUCCGAAGAAAGUGAUGUAGACUCAGAGUACAAGUUGAGUUUAAAGGAUGAGGAGAGUUCCUCCUGUAUAGAGGAUUUACUGGAUGGAUCAGAUAGUGAGACAGAUAGAAAGGAGGAGGAGACGAGAUCGUUGGCAAUUACUCAGAAUGGAAAUACUAUAAUAAUCCCUGUACAACAGAUAACGGAGAGUGAGGAUUCAGAUAUAGAGAUACUAGCUGAACUAGUUCCUGCAGAAGCCCCAGGGAGGUUGACAUGCUCUUAUUGUCACUCAUGUAAUUUCCUGGAUAAAGAGGCUUAUCAUACACAUCUUUGUCUCAAACAUUUCUACAAAGAUCUUCUCGAUAAAUUCACAAAUGACAAUGGAGCAGGAACUGGACGAAUUGCAGAAACUGGAGAGACGGGAGGAAUUGGAAAAACUGGAGAUACGGGAGGGGCCGGAGGGGCUAUAUUAAAGUGCCCGAAGACGGGAUGUAUUUGCAAAUUUAAAAAUCCUGAAAGAGCUGUGAUUCAUCUAGGAUGUAAGCACGUGGAGUUCCUGUCUACUCUGAUAGAGAAACGAAACCUGACACGUGCCACGAGUCGAAUGAAAGAGCAGGAGAAAGUCGGAAUACCCUUCCCGGAGAUAGUCAAAAUACAAGAGGACAGAAAGGAACGGCUGAAAGCCCGAAGGGUGAUGGAUGAUGAUAUUGUUGAGAUUUCGAAAACCUUUAAAAGAUGCAUGUUUUGUAACCAACAAUUUACGGGACAACAGGCCCUCUAUACACAUCUUGCAUUCAAACAUCUUACACCAAGGUUGGAACGUGAGCUUGAGGAAGCUGGAUGUGAAAUGGAGGAGGAGUACUGCAGAAAUUGCAAAAAAGCAGUGAAAAGUAUGGUGCUGCAUUGGGGACUGGAGCAUGGAGGCAUAGAGAGAGCUAAAGCUAAAUUCUCAGGGAAACGAAACAGUUACAUCAGAAUGAAGUCUGCAAAGUGUGUGAUUUCCGGAUAUAUUAUAAAGAAGUCCAGAAGAAUACCCAGAGUCUUCAUCAAAUCCAAUCCUGCCCUCAGUAAAAUAUCACAAGUGUAUUUAGCUGAUAGAAAAAGGUCUGAGGAGAGUAUCGGCCUGUAUAUGGAGGUUGAGAGUGAGGAUAUUAUGGAGAGAGAGGAUGUUAUGGUUGAGAGUGAGGAUAUUAUGGAGAGUGAGGAUGUUAUGGUUGAGAGUGAGGAUAUUAUGGAGAGUGAGGAUGUUAUGGUUGAGAGUGAGGACGUGGAGGUUGAAGGUGAAGAUGUGGAGGCUGAUUUGGAGAAAGAAAAAUUUUUGUUUCCACCUCUGCAAAUACUUCCAGAUAUUUAUGAGAUUACAACUGUUGAAUCGGAACGUAAGUCUGAAAAUAAAGGAAGUAUGUCUGGUGAUGUUGUCAACACAAAUGAUGAAAAAUUAGAGUCUGAAUUAUCAGAACUUGAAACUUCAAUUCAGACAAAUAAUGAAGAAAUGAAGGGAAUCAAGGUAACGGACCAGGAAACAGAGCAGAUCAAAACAGUUGACCAGGAAACAGAGGAGAUCAAAACAGUUGACCGGGAAAUAGAGCAGAUCAAAACAGUUGACCAGGAAAUAGAGCAGAUCAAAACAGUUGAUCGGGAAAUAGAGCAGAUCAAAACAGUCCACCAGGAAACAGAGCAGAUCAAAUCAGUCGACGACAAAAUAGAGCAGAUCAAAACAGUCAACCAGGAAACAGAGCAGAUCAAAACAGUCAACCAGGAAACAGAGCAGAUUAAAUCAGUCGACCAGGAAAUAGAGCAGAUUAAAACAGUUGACCAGGAACCAGAGCAGAUCGAAACAGUUAAACUGGAAACAAAUCAGAUUAAAACAGUUGAACUGGAAACUGAGAAGAUCAAAAUGAAUGAUCCAGAAGCAGGAAAUGUGAAGACCGAUCAGCAAAUAGAGCAGAUUAUGUGUGCCAAUCUACCAGACAAGGCCGAGGAAAAUGAUGAAGAAGUUCUUGAGAUCAAUGUACAAUGUGAGGAACCAGAUUUAAUAAAUACUAGUCUUCAGGCGGCAGAAAAGAAUGAAUCAAAAGAUAUUGAUGAAAUUGAACAAAAAGAAAAGAUUCUCGAAAAGCUUCCAAACCUAGGCAAUGCAGAAUUUAAGAAAAUGUCGAUUACAGAGGAAUAUCAGAAAAGCAAAAAAGAGGAAGAAGAUACUGUUAUACCUGUUGUUGAGUCCGUGCCAGAGGUAUCAUCUAAUGAGAAUACAGAGAAUCCUUCUUUGAGUGUGAACCCGGAGAUUAUUCCUUUGAAGGAAAACCCGGAGAUUAUACAGAAUCCAUCUCAACCGAACACUACGAAAGCCACGCUAGACGAGGUUGAGUUUCCCGUAGGGGAAGGAGUGGUUGAGAUAACCAUAAAACCUACAUCCUCCAACCCUCUUCCAUCUGCCCAGAAAACACAGACGGAUAAAAACCUUGGUUUAUCUACACAAAACACAUACUCUAAGAUUAAAAUUUCUGGCAAAAAAUCAUCCCCAGCAAAUGUCAGGGUAUCUGCUCCGACUCAGCCCUCUGCCGCACUAAACCCUGAACCGGUUUCUGCAGCCGAUGACGAUGAUGAGAUCCAGGUUAUUUUCCACAACCGGCAAACUCCACCCCUUAGUGUCAAUAGGGGACCGGGGGCACGCAAGUCUGGAAUCAAACUUGAACUCGCAGAACUUGCUAAAGAAUUUAUCUCCGGAAAUGUUCCAAAAUCUCGAAGCCUGGAAAAUGUUGAAAACAAUAUGAAGAGAGCAGUAAAGAUUGCAGAAUCCAGCUCCAGGAAAAGUUCCUCCAAGAUGGAGGAUAUUCAGAUUUUAUCCCAGAAGCACAGAUCUUCCGAACCUGUAGAAUCUUGUUGUAUCUGCUCUCAAGGAUUCUCAGAUCUCAAAUCCUUCCACAGUCAUCUUGCCCUCAUCCACUUUAAAGAAAAUCUUCAAAAAAGGAUUUACAAGGACUCCUCCAGCUAUAAUCCUGCCCAGGUUGAGUGGAAGUGUCCGACCUGCAAAAUGUUUGUUAGCUCCGACCUUGAUAAAGUGGUGGAGCACUUUGGAGCUAUAUGUUUACCAAUACCAGUCAAGGGCCUGUAUCUGGAAUACAACAUGAAAAGUAAGGAGUCUAAACCUGAUCUAUCCUGUGUAUUCUGUGAUGAUAACGUACAAAGAGAAGAUCUAAUAAACCAUAUUUCCUCAACACAUAUUGAAAAGGUUAAGUACAGUAUGGGAAUGGUUUGGAGCUUCAAUAUUGCUGGUAGUCUGGACACAAGCUGUCCUAUCUGUAGGAGAGUUGAACCCUUCUCAACCAACGGCCUUGUCGAACAUUUUCUCAGGGAGCAUACUGUAGAAUUCAGUUAUUCGCUGGAAAAAUAUAGAGAAGCACUUAAAGAGAGUCGUGAUUAUGAGUGUCUUCUUUGUGGUUGUUGCUUCAACGAAGCCAAGGAGUGCGUUGAACAUCUAGUUUUAAACCAUUUCAUGGAUCAACUCAUCUCAGAGUGCGGACUAUCCCAGGAUGGCCAGUAUGCCUGCAGCAAUUGUGAAUUCAGAUGCAAUGAUAUCCAAAGUACAGUACUACACUACGGAAUAGAGCACCAGAGGUUAAACUUCUGGUUUACGGACCGUUUACUGACGAUGGCAUCAAAGGGUGAAAUAAGUAUUGAAGGUGGAAUUGAGAAACCUAAAAUAGAUUCAACGGAUGUUCAGAAACUUGCAGAAUAUCUUUCUCCAGGAGCAGGACUAAAGGAAGAGUUGUCUGCACGAGAUACGUUCCUGAACCCAGCUCAUGAGGUUUACAAAAGAUGUUUAAACCUUAUUAUAAAAACUACUGAAGGAACCUUUAAGUGCAUUAUUUGUGAUCUCACCCUUCAGAGCGAGAUGUUGAUGGUUUCUCAUAUAGCUGGUCGUCCCCAUCUGUUUGGACGAGACUAUGCUGGUCUACUAGUUGCUCAGGAGACAAGGCUUCUCACAUGUAAACUCUGCCUCAAGAAAUACCGCAAGAAUUCUGAGCUUGAGAAACAUCUGACUGAUAUACAUCUUCACGAUGAUAUUCUUCUCCAAGCACUAACCUACCCUAAUUUACCAGGCAAAAUGUUCUGCGAAGAGUGUGGUUCUAUUGAAGGGAUGAAUAAAGCUCAGUUUAUAGAUCACAUGAAUAAAGUUCACAGAACAUUUUGGAAGCUCUAUACAAGGAUUCAGGUCACGCCACAAAGUCUGAACUGCAAGCUCUGUUCUAUCACGGUUUUCACACUAACAGCCUUCAAACAUCAUCUUGGCUGUCAUUUCCCAGUUGAAAUGAAUUCUUGUGUUCGAAUUGUUGGAUCAGAGAAACACUGUCUUCUCUGUGAACGCCAGUUUGCCUCUGUACAUGAUAAUUAUGAUAUAGCUCGACAUGUUGCUGUUAAACACAACUAUCUGGAGAAUCUGUAUGCUGAAGAAGUCAAGUCUGGUGUGAUGAAUGCUGCUUCUAAUGAGCUGUAUUGCGAGCUGUGUGAAUUCUCUACACUAAGAAUGCCACAUUUACUAUUCCACAUCACAGAUUGCCAUGUGAAACCAGUGAGCAAGAGCUUCUUUAAUGAAAGCCAAACAACAUGCACCACUUGUAAACUAUCUUUGCCAAGUUUUGAAGAGUUCCUGUCGCAUGUCGGGGAGGCAGAGGAUAAUUGCAACUAUUCUCUAUAUUGUUACUUCAAGAUUGUGGACGAUAUGUUUGGAGUGCAAACACACACACAGCUGUCAUUUGAUGACUAUUAUCAAAGAAUCAGAAAAUCUGGAAAGAAAACUGUGAGAAAAUCCCCAGCCUUAUUUCCUUCCGUGUUUAUUAACCAAAAAGAUUCAGUUGAUUUUAUCGAAGAUCCGGUAUCGAGCAAGAUCACGCUAGAAAUAAAUUCAUACGAAGGAUAUGUAACGGUCGAGUUUGAAAAAAAACUACCAAUGAAAAGUUUUAAAUCCUCGAAAAAGUUUGAGAACGAGGAACCGUCGUGUAUAUUCUGCCCACUUCAUCGUGGACAUUGGGAACCACCUGAAGGAGAUUCCCGCGCAGUUAAAGAUGCAUUUCUUAUUCAUCUCGCCAAUACUCACUUCAAGACGGAACUCAUGAGAAUGUUUGCUUGUUCCAACAGCAGUGGAGAUUUUAUCUGCUGCGGAGAAACCAUGAACUUUCAGAACUUGAUCGGACAUAUUAAAGAAGCGCACAGUGUGAUAAUGAACAUGUACAAAGCUGUUGUACCGACUCAAUUACCUAACACUACUUUUAACAACUUGGAUCAUGGUGAUAUUCCCCAGUAUGUCAGUCACCUAAUGCCCUGGUUACCUAAAUCCUCCAUGAACAUAAAGAAAAUCCACAAUAGUACUGCUGGAUUAAGCUGUAAACUAUGCAACCAAAGGAUCCUUGGUAAUAAAAUGGAUUUGAACAAACAUUAUGUCCUAGCACACUUCCAGUUCCAAAUGGAGACCAAGUACAUCAGAUCCCAGAAGGGUUCCCCCUACAGGUGCCCGGAGCCGAGUUGUGUCUUUGUAACCCGAAACAACACGACACAGAAGGAAGAACUUUUUAUGCAUCUAGCUAACAAGCACAAUGUAAUGGAGAGUUUUCUUACAUAUAGUCUAAACACUGUCAGAAAGGAAGCUGAACCUUCCUUGAAGUUUAUCAAGCCUGGAGUUUCAAUAAAGUUGGAACCUGAGAAUCCAUCUCUGUUCUCCACCACAACCUUCAUUCAUCCGCAACCAUACCAGUGCCUUACCUGUCACAGAGAUCUUAGCAGUGUUUUCAACCUUCUCCAGCACAUGAAAACUUCAAGGCAUGUUAACAUAAGCUGGGCAAUUAAAUCCAACACAUCAUCUGCUGUUAAAUCGGAGAAACCUAGCGGUCAGAGCAUUGCUGGUCGCUGGUUCCAGAAACUUGAUGUUAACUACCGCUGCAGUCCUUGUCUAAAGAAAGUCGGUUCAAGUUUGAGUGGAAGCAACUUCCAAUCCCUUGAAGAGGUAUUUGUUCACAUCUGCUCCCUGCACAAGGAUUACUUUGAGCAGAAUUAUACUAAGACUGUAUUGAGUUUCUCUCUCUGUAAAAUAUGCAACGGAUUCAUUGAUUUCCAGGGAUUGGAAAGCGAGAAGGAAAAGAAAAAAGCAGAAUUUGAGCACUACAUUCUCCACACUCAUCUCUUUAUUCAGGAAAUGGGGAUCAUGAAGAAGAAAAUGACUCACUACAUCUGCAGUCUCUGUAACUGCCUUCUGAAGAGUAAAGAAUAUUGUAUCACCCAUCUAAGAUCUCAACACCGUGAGCAAAUCCUUCAAUCUUUCCGCGAGUUUGAAAUUGGUGAUUGUAAUCCCGUGAAGCACUGCAGUGUGUGUAAGAAAGACGACAUCAGCCUUGAGCACCUGUCUCUGCACAGCAGGAAAGUUUUGAUGAGCAUGGGACUUAUUGAACCUGGAAUUACUGAUCAUAAAUCCUCUCGCGCAUCAUGCCGCUGUUGUGGUUUUGUUGCAAAAACCUGCUGUAAAAUAUUGGAACAUUUUGCAACCGCUCACACUAAACUUUUUCUUUUUAUCAGAGAAAAGUUUGAUGCUCAGAAUGAACCCAUAGAGCAGAACAUCGCCGUGAAUGUGAAUCCCUCCAGACCCAAGAUGAUCUCACUACUACCAAACCAGUCCAAGAGCCCCGGCCAAAUAUCAUUGCUGAAGAACACAAUGAGUGGAGAUUCCAACAAGUUCCAGUAUACCUGUGAACUGUGUCCAGGGAAAAUCAGAUUUGCGACCAAUAUACUCUCCCUGAAGAAGCAUCUGAUACAGGUUCACUUCUACACUGAUAUCCUUGAUCAUAUCAACGAGGUUGGACGGACUAGAAUCGUGUGCCCAGACUGUGGAGAAUAUCUUGCAGAGCAGACUGUUGAUGUUCACUACUGGAUUCAUCAUAUUGUUGGGAAAGGUCUAGAGGUAGUAGAACCUCCGAAGGAGGAAGGAGGUUUCCUCAUCUGUAAUCUCUGUAGUAACAGGAGCAAGGAUAAGGCAAACUACUACGCUCACAUGUUCUUCAUUCACAACCAUGAUGAGUCCAGAGAGGCAGUUAGGAUCAGGGUGAAGGAGGAGCAGGAAAAGAGGAAAUAUGUUUUCUGUCCAGAAAAGGGAUGCAAGACCAAGAACGAGGUGGAGAAGGAUUCAGUGCUUCAUUAUGCUAUAGAUCAUGGCUACCUGGAGGUAUAUUUGAAAACAACAAACCAACUUUACAUUCUGAACAAAAAGGAUAGCGUAGCUGAAACCAGCGUGAAAGUGGAGGAUCAAAAUAUUUCUGAAAACGUUACUGAGACUAAAGAAGUAUGGAAAACUGUUUUGAACUGUCCAAUCUGUUUAAAACUAUUUAAAGGAACCCAGUUUCAACGAGCUGCUCAUUUUCUUGAUCAUUUCCGGCAGGAUAUCUACUUAUACUUAAGAAUGAAGUAUAGAAAAGCAAACUCUUUAAGAGAGUGCUGUGGUAUAAUCUUCAAUGAUGAUCCUACUUUCUUCAUGCAUUUUGGUGAACAUCAUAACCUCUUUGAUCAGUUUAUUAAGGAGAAGUGUAAACAAAGCCCAAUGAACUUCAACAAUGAGUUCACUAGAUUUCUUGAUAAACGAUCUACAUCAAGAGAUCCAAGGGUUGCUCUACAGAAACCCAGUUCUACAGCUAGAAGUGUUCCGGUUCUUCAAGACACUAGUAAUAUGACAUAUGAAGAAUCCAACUGCUUUUCCUUAGAUCUGAACAAAAUGCCUGUUAAACCUUCUCUGGUGAAAAAGAAACAGGAUUGGAAGACCGAGAGAAAUUGUGUCAUUUGCACAGACAAGAAAUUUCGCAAGGAUGAAAGCAAGAGGUAUCAUUACAUAGAUCAUUUUAAAGAAGACCUUGAAAUUAUCUGCAAGGAAUAUUUGGACAAGCAGGAUCUACAUGAAAUGUUAAUAUGUCCCCUGUGUAAUGUUCAGAUUAUCAAAGGAAAUGAUUCAAACAAUUUAAUGAUCUUAAAAUUCUUCUGCCACAUAGGGUUUGUUCAUGAAGUGGUGCCAAAUCUUUUUCUUCAGGAAUUCCGGUUUCAGGUCAAAAUCAACUCAGCCACUGAACUGGAGAAAUCUUUAUCUGAUAGGUUUUGGGCCAUCAAAGCUGGUAUCUGUAUGAUUUGUAAGAGCGAUUUGAGUGGAGUGCCACGUUCAGAAAGACUGGAUCACUAUGCUAAUCAUUUCAAAACCCUACACAGCAAGUUUCCUCCAUCACAGUCCUCAUAUGAAUGCUACAAAUGUGGGGUCAACCAGAAGAAUCUUUUUGUUUACAAAUUGCAUUUACUGAAUGAUCAUUUUACUAAUUCACUUGCAAGAAACUUGAAAGUGAAACCUAACAAAGAUUUUCAGUGCGGACAUUGUCAAACAACUUCAACUUCUCCUAUUGAUAUUGUAGUUCAUCUCGUCAAUGUGGAAAUGAUGCUUGAUGUGCAGAUUUUAGGGGACUUGGAAACACCCUCCUCGAACCUUGAAUUUCCUGAAACUACUAUUGAACCAGAGAAGAAAUUUAAGGUUGAGCCAACUUUGAAAAAGGUUCCUGGGAUCAGUGACCCUGUUGAGUGCAAAAUUUGUCACAAGUUCAUGAGGGAUGAAGAGUUCUUUAGAAAGCAUUUGUACAAGAAACACUUCACUGCACAGAUAGAUGACAUGAUUCCAAUCUUUUUUGAUGACUUCAAUGAUGAUUCUUUACCCUCACAUCAGUGCAAGUCUUGUCAUCAAUGGGUGAUGUGGAAGAACAUGGGAGUUCAUAUUGCUGAUGCUCAUGAGGAUGUGAGAAAGAUGUAUCUAGAACUCAUACCAAAACAGCCAGUUGAAUCUAAUGAACUGACAACUUUAGGAGAAGAUGGAGAAGAUGCAGAAAAAGAAGAAAAGGAGAGGAGAAGAUUUUUGAAAAGCAAGAAAAAGACACAAGAACCUUUCACUCAGAACAGUCCAUGCUACAUGUUUGGUGAUAAACUGCCACCAUGCCAUGAAUGCAAGAAGAUUCAACUGGGAGCAAAUUAUGCCCAAAGUGGAACUUGUUGCUGCUUUGAAGGUUUUAGAAAAAUAAGAUAUCUGGAGGAUGGAAGACUCAUUAUAGUAGGAUACCUGGAUCCUGUAAUUGAUCCUAAGCCAACUGAUCGUGAAAUCUGGGACCCUAAGCCUGAGACUGUUCUGGAUAAUGAAAUGAGCUUGGAAGAAGCAUUCUUCAUUGUGAAAAAAGUUGGAGACCUUUUAUGUGACAUCAUUGUUGAUGAAAAGUUGAUGAAGGAUGAGUUUGUUAAAGCUAAUAGAACAGUUGUUUGGAAGCGUCCACAUAUUGGUGUCAGAGAGAUGUGUGAUGUCUGUAGCACAUCCAUAUACAACCUUCACUUUACCUGCUCAAGGUGUGGAGUUCUUGUCUGCUGCGAUUGUUUCCUCGCAAGGAAGAAAGGAACCAAGUAUAAGAGUAUUAAUGUGAUGGCUAAACCAUCUAGAUCACGAAGAUUUAGACCUGGACUUGACAUGAACCUAUGGCCUCUCUGUUUAAACAAUCAAAUACAUGAUAUUGAUAAGUUGUGCAUGACACAGAUGUCUCCUGAAAAUGUGCCAGAAUCUCUUGUGUCAGCUAUCCAUGAAAUAAGAAAAUUCUACAACCUCAAAUUAGACUGCAAGUGUUGUAACACUCCCAAGUCACUGCUUAAAUUCCAAAAUAGCUCAGAAACUGCGGAAUCUUCUUCUCUUCAAUUAUUUACUCACUGUCCUGAGUGCAAUAUAUCAUUUGCAAAUCUUAAUCUAAACUGUAUUCGUGUUCAUUUAGUUCAUCACUUGAAGAAUUCAUUUAUAGAGGAGGAAAGCACUAUCUGCCAAGAGUGUAAUAUUGAUCUAGGAAACCUUAAUAAUGCUCUUGCUCACCAAGCAUUACUUCAUAGAGUUGUUGAUAUUCACUAUGAAACUGUUUUUAUUUCUGAAGAGUCAAGAAGACAGGAUGAAGUUUCUCUAGAGAUUGAUGAGCAUGAUGUUUGUCAGGUUUGUGUUCAAAACAUUUCCCAGCUUGACAAAGCAAAAAAACGAACUCACUAUAUUUACCAUCUAGCUGAAAUCCUUUUAAAUAACACUAAAGCUCUUCCUCCUUUUUGCUGUGAAGAGUGCACUCAUCAGGAGUUCAACAGAAGCCGUCUGAUGGUUCAUGUAGGUGUUUAUCACAAAAAGUUGGAUUCAUGUCUCAAACAGUACCUAACAGAGGAAAGCAAUACAAGUAUGAAUACACUGAACAGCUGGCUAGACAUUCCCAAUUGUUUGUAUUGUAAUGAGAAGCAUGAGGCUUUGACUCCCUCACAAAAACGAAACCAUUACAUAACUGUUCAUCUUAAGGAAGCACUAGAAAACGAGAUUAACAAGAAGAAUGGCAAUCUUCUUCAAAAGAAUCCUCCAUACCGGUGCAGGAUGAAAGGAUGUCAGUUUGUGGUUGAUUCUAGUAACGCUAAAGCCAGAUUUCUUUCGCAUAUGGGAGCCACCCACAGGAUGGUAGAUCUUUUUUUGAUGGAUGCCACCAAAACUAUGGUUCAACCUGAAUCCACCGAAACCAAUGCAGAUCUUUUUGCUACGUUUUCUGGUAAAUGUCAAAUGUGUGAUGAGGAGCUAGAUUCUAGUGGUUCAGAAUCUGCUGUAAAAGCAGCUAAAGCUCACUAUCAUAUCCACUUCAAGAACAGCAUUGAAGAGAAAUAUGAGGAUUUAUUUCUGGAAAGUCGUUUUCCUCUAUUUUGUCCAUUUGAAGGAUGUGAAUUCAAUACCUCGGAUCUUGAUUCUGAUCAGUUUGGACACCAUAAAAAGAAACUGGUCAAACAUCUUGGAUCAUUUCAUGAUCUCUUCAAGAAUUUUGUUACACAAGGUAUGGAAGGUAGAAUAAGAAAGAAUUAUGAAAUGUCAGAUAGGUUCUCUCAAGAUACCAAUUGCAAGAUCUGCUUUCUACCCUUACCUGUGGAAUACACUAAGAAAACUAUUCACUUCUUUGAACAUUUCAAGCAAGUAAUGGGGAAGGAUUAUGAGAAGGAGAUCAUGGGUGAUGGUGUUUCACUGAAAUGCCCUUUCUGCGAUGCUGGUUCACAUUUGAAAAUCAAAGAAGAAUCUUUCCAAGAGAUUUGUAUUCAUAUUGGCGUCAAUCAUGGAGUUUUUGAUCAAAAGUUGGAAGAAUAUUCUCAAUCUUUGGAUUACAACAGUGAAUCCAAAUGUCGGAUUUGUUCACAGGAUUUUCAUCAUGCUUUAGCUAAAGCAACUUCACUGAAGAAACAUUAUGCAGAACAUUUUGCUGAAGUAAUUGAGAAUGAGUUUCCACAAAUAUCCUCCGGUGUUUGUCCUAUCUGCAAUAAGAAGAUCAUAAUUAAAGAUCAUCUCAUCAUUCACAUAGGAACAAAACAUGGUUAUUUUUGUCGUCUUAUUGAUAAACACCACUGGAAAGAGGAGGAAGAAGAUAUUGCUGAUGAUAUCAAUAAGGAUCCUGAGAGAGCAGUUUCAGAUGAGAUGCUUGUAAGUGAAUAUUUGUGUAUCAUAUGUGGUUUUAAAGUAAAAGGUGAUGCUAAGGAAAAAAAAGUGUUAGUCCUGAUGGGGUCUCAUGUGAUUUCUCAUAUUGUGCAUUUAAUCCCUGGAUACUCAGGUAGGAAGUGCCAGGAUUGUGGCCAGGUUAGUAAGAACAGAGCUGAGUUCCACUCUCACCUUAUCUCUCAUACAUCCAACAUGAACAUUCUUCAAGCUCUGUUUUCACAAUCCCGCCAGGUGGAAGGUGAUGUUACUAAAUUCUUCCAGGUCUGCAUUCCUGAAUAUGAGCAUCCUACUUACAAUUGUAUUAAUGAGAUAAGUUUAGAUGUUGAGUCUGAAGAUACACAAAUUCAGGAAACUAACUCUGUUCCUUUCCAUGCUACUCUUGCAUCCUGCUUUAAAUGCAAAUGUAACUUUACAUCUGUUGAUAGUCUUGCAGUGAAACUCCAUUUAGUUCGACAUUUUAUCAAAUGUGUUGCAGAAACUUUACCUUUAACUUCUCCAUUCCAAUGUCCAACUUGCAGAUUAAACUUUUCCAACAGAUUUUCUCUUCUCAUACACUGUGGAUUUGCACAUGAUACUGUGGACAAACUGGCCAAGGAAGCUUUUGAUUCUGAAGUAACACUCCCUGAUAAGUUGGAGGAGCGAGCAAGCAAGGAGAGUAUUAAUAGGUACACUUUACCUAUUAAGGCUAACAGAUACAAAAGCACUUGUCUCCUCUGUGGAACAGAUGAUGUAAGAUUAGCAUCUUUGGAUAGAAUCAAUCAAGAAGAAGAAGGAAACCAGGGUCAAAUUCUCAUUAAUGGACUAGGAUAUCAUCUGCUUAAAAUGCAUCUUUGGGAAUACUUUCCUCAUCUCUACUCCCCUGUCAAGGAAUGCUUUGAGUGUAAUGAAACUUUUUCCAAUAAUGACAACCUAGCUCAUCACUUUGUUAAGGUUCACUCAGACAAGGUAUUGGUUGUGCUGAACAAGAUCUUGUAUGGACCAUCCACUCCUGAUCAGAACUUGGUAUACUCAGACUUGUUUGUUGGGUUUGAAAAUGAAGGAUUUACUGACUUUAUCAGUCUGGACAAGACGAUAGUCACAAGUGUAGGCAUUGUUAGAGAUACAGAAGUUUGCCAAGAAACAGUUUUAGAGGCAGAUACUGCAUGUAAACCUGCUCAAGCUGUAAUGCCAGAUGAAUCUAAGACCCUAAUUUCAUUGAGAAACCUCAAGGAAUGUCACAUUUUAGAGGAUAACUGGUUCUGUGAUAUCUGUGGUAUGAAUUUUAGUUCUCCUGAUCCCACAUUAAACUGCUACAACUGGAAUGUUCAUAUAGUUUGUCACCUACAAGAGAAACUAGAUACUAUCAUUGGUAAAAGAACAGGUUGUGAGACUUGUAGUUUGAGAGAUAUGGACAAACCAUCUUUCAGACUACAUUUAGCUUUUGUACAUGGAGAAGCACAGGCAGAAUUAUACUCCCAAGUCUCUAUGAACACGCCCUCACUUUCUUCCCUGGAAAUGAAAAUUAAGAAGAAUACAGAAGAAAAGAAGUCAUUGAAGCGGAAAAUUGAUCUCAUUCCUGAACUUUCCCCCAAGAGGAAAAAAUCUGAAGAUAAAUCCAAAAAUUUCAUAAAAUCUGUGAAAUGUGACAUUUGCAAUAUUAACAUCUCUUUGAAGAAGGAAGCAGACCAUGUGAUGAAACAUGUUGCAGAUGAUCUAAGGAAAGGACUGAAAAGUUCCACAGAAUGUUCAAAAUGUGAUCAAACAUUUGCAGAUAUGAAUGAACUUAUUCAUCAUGUAGGGAUUUUCCACAAUCAUGCAAUGUCAAUCUACAAAAGGUUUGAGUAUCGCAUGCUUGCUGGUAAGAAGAAGCUGUUUUUUGAACAACUUGCUAAGAAAAUUCCACCUGAGUGUUAUCUUUGUGGACUAAAGUUCUCAAAGGGCCAAGAACACCUUGCUCCUCCAAAUUAUUGGAAACAUUUACUGACAGAGCAUGCUGAUUUAUUUAAGUUUCUAAAAACUCCCCAAUGCAACUUGUGUCAAAUUCAAAUAGUAGAUGUGAAGUCCUCAUAUGCCAUUUUAAGUCACUAUUUUGUUGAGCAUGAGGAAGAGGUAAACCAGAUAAUGAUGUUUGAUCCUGUGGAAGAAUGGAAAACUCUUGGUAGAAACACAUGUGAGCUCUGUCCAUCAAACCCAACUUUUUCCUCCCCUUUUGGCAAAAGAAGACAUCUUGCUGAAAAACAUUUUAUAAAGAUUCUCUCUGACAAAAUAUUGGUGAUUGACAAGGAAUAUUUAUGUCCAAGCUUGGGAUGCAAUUACAAAUCUGCAUUAUCAGAUGCAAGUGUACAUCUAGGGAUUAUCCAUAAAGAGGUUGAUCAACAUCUAGCAUCCAAAAUCAUAAGUGAAAGAAAUCCAGAGAAGGUAGACAAACAGGGAGUUAUGUGCGUUCUCUGUUCAGAACCUGUAGAAAACACAGAAAUAUUUUCUCAUCUGAUUUCACAUUUCUUCGCCGGGUUGAUGGUAGACAACCUCUUUAAAACCAGUUGUGCUGAUUGCAAGCUUAAUCUGUACACCACACAGAACAGUAGUGUGUAUGGUCAGCUUCUAAAUCAUAUUGGAGAAAAGCAUUUCAGCUCAAUCAGCAGAAAAUUUCUUGAACCUGCAGUCAAGAAAAUGAUUGGAAGUCCUCUCCGCAAUCUAGAAUUCCAGAACAAAAUGGUUAGGAUGUUAAUGAGUAAAGAUUGCAUUUACUGCAACCAAUGUCUGUCCCCUGAUCCAAUCAGUCAUAUUCAGCAGCAUCAUAUUAUUUCUUUUGAUUCUCAAAUCCCUGAUUCAGAGCCGCAUCAGUGUGAUCUUUGUGACGGGUUCCCAUGUUUUCAAUCUUACCAAGAGCUUAAAGCCCACAAUGCCAAAGAACACUAUUCCAAGAUAGAUAUUUAUGGAGAUCUCAGUUUGCUAAUAUCUCCCCAAAUAAUUAAUGAGAAGCGAUCAAUUAUGCAGAUCAAACCGCUGACAUCCUCGACAAAACGAAAGCAUGAACUUGAUCCUGAACAUGAAGAAAAGAAACGUGGAAGAAUUGAAUGUCUUGUAGAAGGUUGUGAAGGGUUUAAUGUUGGACAAUAUUAUCAACACAUGACAGAACACUACCAGGAGAGCGUGGCAAGAGAUUUGAACCUGGAGAUGGAAUCUCAAAACCAGAGUAACAGGGUUCCUUUAGCGUGUCCCAGGUGUAUUUUCGUUGGGGAAACUACAAAAGAACUUAUUGAACACUUUGGGGAGUAUCAUCGAGUAACAGAACUCUAUGUCAAGCUUGCCCAGGGUUGGAUACCAGAGCAGGUUCUAGUGGAUCCAGAUCAAAAGCCUGGUCUUCUCCCAGCUCAGGGUAGAGUCUGCAGCAUAUGCGGCCAGGUCAAGAUGGCUGGACUCUCAGAUCAUUGGAUGGCCCAUGUACAAUUGAACCUUCAGGGAUUACCAACCCACCAGCCGUAUAUAUGUGGAAUAUGUUUAUAUGAGUCAGGAUCAAGAUUAGGGAUUAUUCGGCACACGGCACAGUUUCAUCCUCAGGCAUUGACAAGUCAGGACAGAAUCUGGAAACCCCGGUCUUCUCGACAAGUUGAACCUGGGGAACAGAAUCCAAACCUAACCCUGUUCCAGGUGAAAGCCAAGUACAAGGAGACCCAACCCUGCAGUUCUCCACCCAGCCUGGAGUUCAAUAAUCUAAUGAAAACGGAGAUACGAAGUUCUCUUGCUCUACCUUUGUCUGAUAUAUCUGUAGUAGACUCUGAUACUGAUUCAGAUAAAGAAGAAAAUAAAUGUUUGCGUAUAUCUGACCAUUUAGAAAAUAUAGUCUCCGAGGACAGGACUCCUUCAGGUGUGAGCAAUGACAACCCGUCUGAAGAUUGUAUUGAUGAACCUGGUCUAACCACCUUGUAUCCUCGUAAGAUACAAACUAACCAGGAGGCUGCCAGGAUAUCCGUCCAGGCUCGGCACGCCUGGCUCUGUGAUGGACGACUGCUCCAUCUAUAUGACGCGAUAUCUCCGCACAAUAUUCACCUGUUCAAACAUCAGUGGUCUAGGGGUCAACCAGUAAUCAUUAGUAACAGUGAUCAAAAUCUCAAUAAACGGCUCUGGUCGCCCAAAUCCUUUAUGCGGGAUUUUGAGGAUAAAAGUUCUGAUUUAAUCAAUACUUUGACGGGUAGAACGGUUCCUAAGCAGCCCCUGAAGUGGUUCUGGAGUGGGUUCAGCAGUGUAUCCCAGAGAUUAGUAGAUGAAGAUGGAACCCCUAUGCUGCUUAAACUUAAGGACUGGCCACCGGACGGUGAUAUUGCUGAGAAUUUACCGAAAAGAUAUGAAGAUCUAAUUAAAAACUUCCCUAUUCCAUCCUAUACCCUGAGAGAGGGUAAACUUAACCUGGCAUCCUAUAUGCCAGACUGGUUUCUGAAACCCGAGCUGGGACCCAAGAUGUACAUAGCGUACGGGAAUGCGUUGUACAGUGCACGAGCAAGUACAAAUCUGCACCUGGAUAUGAGUGAUGCUGUAAACCUGCUGGUUUAUGUUGGUCUACCUGAUGAUUGUGAUCCCAAGGAGAAUAUUCAGUGUGUAUUAGAACAGGUUGAUGAAGCUGGAUGUGAUCUGAUCAUGAAACGAAGGAUAAGAAGCGAGGGUUUACUCCCUGGAGCAAUCUGGCAUAUUUUCCAUCCUGGAGACACAAACAAGAUCAGAGACUUCCUAGUCAAGGUUGCCCUAGAGAAGGGUAAGAAGCUGGAUCCCCACGAUGAUCCAAUCCAUGAUCAGAGUACAUACCUGGAUUCUAAACUAAGGAUGCGUCUAUACAAGGAGUACGGAGUACAUGGUUACACUAUCAUUCAAUGUGCAGGUGAUACCGUGUUUAUCCCAGCUGGAGCCUGUCAUCAGGUUCGGAACCUUCACAACUGUAUCAAGAUUGCGGAGGAUUUUGUUUCUCCGGAGUUAGCAAACAACUGCUUGCAUCUUACUCAGGAAUUCCGGCAUCUGACUGAACAUCAUACUAAUCAUGAAGAUAAACUCCAAAUCAAGAAUAUUAUCUAUCACAGUGUCAAGAACGCUGUGGCUAGGAUAAAUAAACAAAUGGAUGAGGACAAGAAGAAAACAAACAAGGAGGAGAGAAAUUGAUUGAGGAGGAGGAGAAAACAAAUGAGGAGGAGGAGUAUACAUAGGAGGAGAGGAAAAAACGAAUGAUGAGGAGAAGUCCUAAUAUCGUGAGUGUAGAACAUGUCAAAUUAUUGUAUUGUAUCGCAUACUAAGAUAUUUUUGUCAUGAAAGCAGUUUCAUAUUUGAUGCAACCAAAUAUAUUAUUGAACAUAA